AAUGCAGGUGCGGUACUUAGUCGUUCUAAACCAGCGGUUUGUUUACAUUUUGAGUAUUCUGAGAGCAUGUUGACUCCUAAAUUCUCGUUAACGCAGGACUCGGAGUUUAUAUAUAUUCAUAUUCAUGCUCCUUACAUUAGAUUAUCAGAGGCUGAAUGCUUUGUUGAUGACGAUGAAUUUCGCUUUUAUGCGAACCCAUACUAUUUACGUCUACACUUUCCCGGUAAAAUUCAAGAAGAUGAAAAAUCAACCUCAAAGUACGAUGUUGACACUGGUCAGCUGACUGUUCGAGUUACCAAGCAAACUAAGUCGGAACAUUUUGAAGGACUAAAUUUAUUGACUAAACUUCUAACUCCUAAAACAAAUUUAGUUCUACACGCCUCUCCAGAAAUCGAAGUUCUCACUAGUGAUGUAGCGGCAGCAGAAGUUCCGGAAACAGAAGAGGAUGAAGAAAAUUGGUACAUUGAACAGAAUCUUCAAGAGGAUGAUCAUGUAAAUUUGAGUUUGACAGGUCCGAAGUAUGGUUUUGCAAAUAGAAAAUCAAAUUGCCUGAACCGUGUUGCAUCAGAAAUAACAGAUUUGAUAGACUUACAUAACCCAGAUGAAAUCUCUCAAAAAAAUAGGAGAGAAUUACGAGAACAGCAAGAAGAUUCUCUUUUUGAUUGUGAACAUUAUUUGGCAGACCUUUUUGAUGAUGAUAUUAUUCAAGAGCUUUUUGCAGCUGACUAUAAAGAUCUGACAGGUGUAGUUGGUGAACAUAUUGUUUUAUCUGACAAAGAGAAUGAAAAGCUUAUAAACUUACCAAGAAGGGAUUAUGUCAUUGAGAAAAACAAUUUGGAAGCAACUUAUUUGGGUCUGGUGGACUUGAUGCUUGCCUAUGCAUAUACUUUUCGAUUUACCCAUGGAGAUUUCGGCAUAGAAUCAGAUUGGACAAUAUGUAAACUUAGCAGUACACUUUCAUGGCUUGAUACAUUUCAGAGCAUUGACGAAGUUGUUGUAAGCUUUGCUCGCCGAUGCUUAGUUUUUCCUCUUUAUCGCAAUUGGAAGCUUUUUGAAAAAGUUCUUUCAGAUGUUAAGUCAAUUUUUAAUGUUGGCAAACUCCAAAUUCUGAAGUGUUUAUUAGGUAUUCACAGUGUACUCUUAGAAAGUGAGGUUAAACAUCCUCUAAAUGACCUCUAUAUUACUGAUUACUGUGUUUGGAUACAAAUAGCUGAUGCACAGAAAAUAAAAACUAUGUCUGAGGCCUUAAGUAACAUUGCUGUCAGCAAGUCAGACUUAAAUUUUAAAUUAGAGGAAAUGGAGGCAGAUGCAAUGAAAUUAAUGGCUGAAAAUGAUGAUACUGAAACAGAAGAUGAAAAAGUCUGUAGUUUGAUGAAAGCUUUUGAUAAGGUUGUGACACUUAAAAUUGAUGAAACAUCUGAUAGUGAUGACAGCAGUGAUGAGGAGGAGGAAGAAGAAAAUGAUGCUAAAAGUUCAGAUUCUUCAGAUAUUUCUAGUCAGUGUGACAGUUAAAUUUCAAAUGCAUUGCUUUAUUUUUUUAUCAUCAUGUUAUUUUUUCUAAUGUAAAAUUGUGUUGUACCAUAUAUUAUAUUUUGUAAAAAUAAGCUGUAGUUGUAUAAAUAUUUCAAUGUAUUGAAAAAAAGAAGGAUAUCUAGAUCUAUACUAUGUAUUUUGUAGCCUACCAUUUGUACAUAGCCUAAAUGUUUUUGUUAGAAUGAUAUGGGAUAAUAUGAAGAUGGGAGAUAUAUAGAAAGUUUUCUAUUGUGUGUUAAUUAACACGAAAAGUAAAUAGCAUAUAUAUAUAAUACCAAUUGUUCAAAUAUUUCACUCAUAAAUAUUUCACUCAUGUAGCAAAACACCAUAAAACUAUGGAAAUGAUUUUUUGUCAUUUUAUUUUAAUGGUGCUUCAAUUAUUUAGAUGUGCACACAUAAGGCUCUACAAACAAGUGACUUAACCAAAUACAUGUAAAUGUAAAACAAGAACAAAAAGAUAAUUGAUGAAAUGUUUAAUACACUCACAACAUUCAAUGCCUCAUAUCAUGCAAUGGCAUCACGCCUCAAUAAACAACAUGAUUACUUACACCAAGUGUGUCCAUGAAAACACAGACAAAUUAAAAAGCAACCAUAAAAAAAUGAUGCUAAGUACUAAUAGAAUCAAAAACAUGUCCAUGUCCCCAUCUUACUAAGAAAUGUACAAAAUAAGUGACGUUAUGAA